GAGGUAAAAAAAAAAAACACCGAAAGACUUUCUGGGAUGGGAAGACGAGUGUGUGUCCCAGUGUUUCCAGUUUGUGACAGUUUCUAGAGGUCCUCCACACUCACGGAGUGACCCGCAGAGCUCAUGCACACCAGCAGACGGAAGAAGCAGUCUGACCCGGAGGCUCCGCGGAGGUCUGAGAAAUGGGAGCGGUGAAGUGAAAAACGGCCGAAAAGCGGAAUGUGUGGAUGAAAAGCACCAAAUGACAUAUAGAGGGACAACAGAAACAGCUGGAAAAGCACGAUGGCUCUACUCCUUUGGCUCGGCCUGUCGCUGCUGGUCUUUGUCCAGUCCAGCGCUGUGAAGAACUGCCACCCGGGCUGCCGCUGUGAGGUGGAAAGCUUCGGCCUCUUCGACAGCUUCAGUCUGACUCGGGUGGACUGUAGAGGGUUGGGACCCAGCACCACCAUGCCAAUCCCCAUCCCGCUGGACACUGCCCACCUAGACCUGUCCUCCAACUCCAUGGGCCCACUCAGUGACGCCAUGUUAGCUGGUCCUGGCUACACCACCCUUGUGAGCUUGGACCUUAGCAGCAACCAUAUAACAAAGGUAAGCCCCAAUUCUUUGUCCAAGCUGCGUUACCUGGAGACUCUGGAUCUGAGCUACAACAACCUGGAGAGCCUCUCCCCGAGCUGCUUCUCUGGCCUCCCGCUGGCUGAAGUCGACCUCAGCCACAACACAUUCCAAGUGUUCGACAUGGACGUGUUCACUACUAAAGUCCACGGUGAACCUGUCAGUGUGGAUCUGUCCUAUAACCAGCUGGUGUCAGUCUCCAUGAGUUUCCAUGGGAGAGUGUUACACAUCCAGAGCUUAAAUCUGUCAGCAAACCGACUGUCCAGUGUACCAAAGCUGGCAGGACUUCCUCUGAGGUACCUCAAUCUGGAUGGUAACCCCAUCACCCACAUCGCCGAGGGUGCAUUUACUCAACUUAAAGAUCUGGUUUAUUUAUCCAUCAGUGGCCUACACGAGCUUCAGGAGAUCGAGCCGCACAGCUUUAACGGCCUCCAGAGCCUUCAAAUUCUGGAUCUCUCAAACAACCCCAAGCUCAAGACUUUGAACACUGCCGUCUUUAGUGGACUAGACUCCCUACAAGAGCUGAAUCUGUCUGGUUCCGGUGUGGAAUCUUUACCAAAUAACAUGCUGACCCAUCUGCCCAGCAUUAAGAGCAUCACAUUGGGACGAGACAUCCAUUGCUGGAGGACCCAGAAACAGGGACAGUUCCACCGGCAGCUGGGUCAGGUCCAACACAACGAGGUCCUGAACUGUAAUGUGGAGGGUGUGGUGUUGUGAGACUGUGCCUUUGCAAAUGGACUAGUCCUUUUAAAGGGCCGGUACACUCUGUCACAAGUGCUUUUGGGUGAUGGAGUAGCCUCACACACCCUCUGGGCGACUUCUAUUAUGAUUCCUGCUUUUCUUUUCUUUUUUUUUGACACAACUACACCUGUUAACAUAUAAAAGAACCAAAGUGUGACGCCAAGGGAAAGAAAGCUCUUACACAAUGUUGCCUUCCUCGUUGCUAUGACAACCAGCUUUACAGUGUUUUAAAGAGCUGUAAAUAUGUUUAUAGUGGAAAGACGACACAUACAACCUACUUCCUGUUAGUGCCUUAUCUGCUUUGAUCUGACUGCACGUCCUGAGUCUCAAACUUUUAUAUACAUUGGAAUGUUAAAUCGUCUUGAACGUUAAAUGUUGCCUUCUUGAAGUCGAGACACCAGCAUCAUAAAUCUUAAAGCUUUUACAGUAUGUUUCAUAUCACAAAAGAUUUCCUUUUCCAAACAUUUCAACCAGUAAAGAAUCUCCAUUCAAUCCAAAACUUUAAAUAAUGUUGACAGGUUGUGGUACCAUAUUAUGUUUUAUUUGCACUUUUGUCAGUCGAGGUAAAUGAUGCACUUAAACAUGGCCUUCAUUUGAGUGUUAAAUGCAUUGUUCAUUAUACCCACACUGAAGAAUUAUUCUUAUGUUGACCACUAAUAUGUUUCAUUUUACUUUGAAUGUGAUGCUUCAGAAAAAAAACAUUCUUGUAGUGUGAGUAGUUAGAAAGAUACCCGGUUGAGCAGCUACAGCUGGUUCAUUUAGCUUAGCACAAAAGCUGGAUAUGGAACUCUCAAAAUGACGGUAUUUCACACAAGCCAUGAUCUUUACCUGAAUGUCAUCGUGUUGUUUUGGUACCUGGACCGAAGCAGUCUGUUUCUGUAUGUGUUCUCAGUCUAAAAAAAUAUAUUAUAUACUUUAUUUUUUGAUCUUGACCCAUCUUUGUAGUCUUUCAAGAAUAUCCAAACUAAUAAUAUCAAGACAAAAAUCUAAAUUCAUACAAUAUAGGUAUUUAACCCCCCCCCCCCCGCUCAAACAAUAAUAAUAAUGAUUAAUAAAUAAGAAAAAAUCCCUGCUUCCCAUAGUUGAUCCCCUAGCGCUGCUACUCAGACCAACAGCAUGACAUACGUUCUCAAGGAGAUAAGAAGUUAGGCUACAUGUUACUGUAAAUAAAGAGUCAAAUUAUAUUUCACGAGUCAAUCAAACAUGAUUCAGUGACAAAGCUAUGUUAGAAAUACAUUUUAAAAAAAUUUGAAAGGACUUGGUCAAAUGUUGUCUCCAUGUUGCUCUUUUGAAACACUAAAAACUAGAAAUCAAGUAUAUCCUCUGAAAAUAACUCUGUGAGUCAUGACUGUCUACAAUGGGUGUAACACCCGAGUCCCACUGUCUGUGAUGAUUUCAGAGUUUUCAGAGUCCUAUCUUCACUUUGUUUACAUCGUCGGGACGGCCGGCUGACUCCUCCCCUCACGUAUAAAAGUUGUUUAAUUGAGGGACUAGAGAAAAGAAGAAUAACAUACUGUACUCACUGCUUAACUGUGUUUCUAGAUCACGCUCAUUUCAGGUAAAUUUACAUGCAGUGUGAAGACACGAGCAUAAUAAAGAUCACUAGCAUUAGCAUGCUAACACAACAAUGCAGCGCAAGUUGUUUUGGUUUCAUGCUGGUGCUCAAGGGCGACAUCUACUGGAUCAAAAAAUCACAUAUAAAGCCUUUAACAUAUACAAUACAGAUAUGAGAGUGGCAUCAAUCUUUUUAUCUAAACACCUUGCAAAAAAAAUGAAAAAAAGUCAAGUCUUGUACAAUCUGUGACUAAAGUUAGUCGGCUGAAUUGAUCUUUGUUUCACCCACAAAAUAAGCAUAAAGCUUGCAUUUCUGUGUCUGUUUAACACGGACCAAAUCUGACAACUUGCCCAUUGUUUUUGGACAGCUUUGACCGGCUUACUGAAGAGUGUUUGACAUGCUUCUUACUAAUCUGUGCUUUGUUUAUUUAUGCAACAGGAGUAAACAAGUGGUAACCACGUUGACCGGGGUUUACUGUGACCUGUUGUCAGAUCACUCUCCAGUUGAGAAGGACUUGUAUCUCCAAACAGAUUUUGCCCAAUGAAAGUAUGACAACGUUCACAUAUUUGCUACUGAAUUCAGUAUGAAUUUCUGUUGAUGGGAAAACACCAAGCUGCACUGUGCUCUUGUGUGUGACCGUUACCUUUGCAUUCCUGUGGUAUUUCUGCAGAAGAUCGGCCUCCAUACUGCAUGUGAAGGUUUCUGAAUGUCAACAACCUGUAAAGGCUUGGUGGCUUCAGUGUGAGAGACUCUAAAGGAAAGACACUGUUGAAGUGUUUUAAUAGAAAGUAAGAUGAGCCCUGUCGAGCUGUAGAAGUUUAUAUUUGUAUGUGUGUGACUAUAUUGUAUAUAAUUUUAUAUAUAAAGUAUGAAUAAUAUGUUUAAUAAAAUGACUAUUUCCAUGAA